AUGUCUGGAGAUACUAACUACGAAGGCCCAGCAGGGAUUGUCUAUGCUGCAAACUUCAACCUGAGCUGGAUUUUUAACACGACCAACCGCUCCGACGUAGACUUCCACCUGUCAGAUUUCAAGAAAACAGAUUAUGUGGGAGACGGCGCUGCUGUUGUGAGGAUAAUCAUUUCUGUCAUUUACUCGCUGGUUUGCGCGCUGGGUCUGGUUGGGAAUUUACUGGUGCUGUACCUGAUGAAGUCCAAACAGGUGUGGAAAAAGUCCUCCAUCAACCUUUUUGUAACUUGUUUGGCGGUGACGGACUUCCAGUUCGUCCUUACUCUGCCGUUCUGGGCGGUGGAAAACGCGCUGGACUUUACGUGGCUUUUCGGCAAAGCGAUGUGCAAGAUUGUCUCCUACGUAACGGCUAUGAACAUGUAUGCCAGCGUGUUUUUCCUGACUGCUAUGAGCGUGGCGAGGUACUGGUCGCUCGCCUCUGCGCUCAAGUGCAGGCGGCGGCGGCGGCCACACUGCUGCUCCGCGCGGUACAUCACCAUUUUCAUCUGGCUUGCCGCUGUCUCCGCCGCUCUGCCGCACGCAGUUUUCUCCACGACGGUGACCGUUUCCAGUGAGGACUUGUGUCUUGUCAAAUUCCCGGAAACUAACGGAACGGCGCAGUUUUGGCUGGGACUGUAUCAUUCUCAGAAAGUGCUGCUGGGUUUUAUGUUGCCGCUGGGCAUCAUCUCAGCCUGCUAUCUGCUCCUUUUGCGCUCCAUCACCUCCAAAAACAACAACACCUCGAGCGCCAAACGACGCGCCAAGGUCACCAAGUCUGUCACCAUCGUGGUUUUAUCCUUUUUCCUCUGCUGGCUGCCCAACCAGGCGCUGACAGCCUGGGGCAUCCUCAUCAAACUCAAUAUGGUUCAUUUCAGUUAUGAGUACUACACCACGCAGGUGUACGUCUUCCCCGUGUCCGUGUGCUUGGCGCACUCCAACAGCUGCCUGAACCCCAUUCUGUACUGCCUGAUGAGGCGGGAGUUCAGGAAAGCGCUUAAAAAACUCUUCUGGCGGGUAACUUCUCCGACUAUAAGGCCGUUCACAGCCACCACAAAGCCAGCGAUGGGCGAGCAAAGGCACCAGGUCCGCGCCAAUGCGCCCGAGGAGUCCGCUGUGGUGUUUUAUCCUCCCGGGGCUGUUGUGUACAAUGACGGGCGAGAUCUGCCGCAAAACAGCACGUAG